CCUUCAGCGGCGUUCCUCAGGAUGUGGUGUAGAACCGUACUUCUGGCGUGCGCUUGGCUGGGGGUGUUGGCGCAGACGAGCAAGCCACGUGACGAUCCCCAGGGCACCACCACAGUCGUGCCCAUCCUGCGACACAUCAACAAGCUCAAUGGGGACGGCUCCUACACCUAUGGAUUCGAAGCUGCCGAUGGGACGUUUAAGCUGGAGACGCGUGAUGCCCUUGGGAAUGUGAAGGGCAAGUUUGGCUACACAGACAACGAGGGGAAGCUCAAGGUAGUGGAGUAUGCAGCGGGUAACGGGACGGGCUUCGAAACUCAGUCAGAUGUAAUAUCCUCUGAGUCCACGCCGCCUUCCUUUGACACCAAGCUGCUCUCCGACCUCUCUUCAAGACGAGCUCGAAGACCGCAAAAGCAAGUCAAGCGCCAGCAGUCUCCUUCCUCUCCUCUCCCUCCUCCUCUCUCCUCCUCAGAUUUCCCACAACCGUCGCCUCAGAUAACCAGCCGCGCCCAGCCCACGCCUCAUCCACAGCUCCCUGCAGAGGCGGAGUCCCAUGAUGUUUUCGUUCCUCAGUUCGAUCCCCAGCCCACUACCACCUUCAGACCCCAGAGACGCAGGAGACCUCAGCGACGGGGUCAGACAGCUAGGCGUCACCCUACGUUCAGACCCAUUUCCAGUCCUCAGUCUGAGGAACCCCAAUCUCAGCCCCAGCCUCAACCUACUUCCAGACCCCGAUUCCGCCCCCAGCUUCCAUCACACACGGAUUUUGAGCCCCAACCGCACUUUGGAUCUCAGUUCCCUCCCCAGGAUGAUGACUUCCAGCCCCAGCAUCAGCCCCAGGACACUUUCAGACCUCAGUUCCUCCCUGGCACUCAGCCUCAAUCAGCCUUUGUGCCUGACUUCACUACUCAGCACGACCCAGAGUCAGACCCAAAACCACAGCCCACCUUCAGACCCAGAUUCCCUUCCCGGCCGGCAUUCAGACCCCAGACUCCUGCAGCAAGACCACCUGCCUUCCCUCCGCCGGUUGAGGAGCCCGAACAGUUCCUCAGGAGAAAGGCAGAACAAGAUCAGGAUCAAGAUGGGGAGUCACAACAGCUAUUCCCGAGUCCCCAGUUCGCCACCAAUCCGUUCCCGCAGUUUGGCUCUCGAUUCCCACAAGCGGAUCCAGGCAGCCAGCAGUUUCCAUCCCAGCCCAUCGUCCCCAAGACCCCACAGUUCCCCAGGAGGCUCCCAGGAGGCUCUGGUUUCGCUGGCACUAGUAGAUUCCCACUUCGUAAGAAUGAGGGAGCCUCAUCAGAGAAUGACGCACCACCUUCAUUCCCAGCCUCUCCCUCCCAGCCAUCUGGAGUCUUACCCGCUGGGACCUUCUCUUUCUCCAGACCUACGCGUCCUUUGAGACCUACACCAGUAAGUCCCAAGCCUCAGAGAGUCCCCAGUGCCCAGGACACGCCCUUCUUCCCUCAGCGUCCCCAGUUCAGUCCACAGACACCUCAGUUCCACGGGCAGGAGCCAUCCAAGUUCGAUGAUUUUGAUGGUGAUUUUGCUUUUGGACAGGAUCCGUCUCAGUUUGGACAGAAUCCAGCCCAGUUUGGUCCGCCAGCACCUACACUGACACGUAAGCCACAGUUCGACAGGGAUCCGUCACCCUUCGGCCAAGGGGCGCCACACUUCGGUGGUCAAGGAGUCUCUUCUUUCGGUCAAGGAGUAUCCCAGCCAAGCCAGGGAGCAUCAGUGUUUGUGCAACAAUCACCACAGUUUGGCCAGGGACAGGGGAAGCCACAGUUUGGCCUAGAUCAAGGACAAGGAACACCACAGAUUAGUCCAGUAGCACCACACUUUGGCCAGGGACAAGGAGCACCACAGUUUGGCCAGGGACAAGGAGCACCACAGUUUGGCCAGGGACAAGGAGCACCACAGUUUGGCCAGGGACAAGGAGGAGCACCACAGUUCGGCCUAGGGCAGGCUAAGCCACAGUUCGGCCAAGGCCAGGGAGCACCACAGUUCAGCCCGGUAGCAUCGCACUUUGGACAGGGACAAGGAGCACCACAGUUUGGCCAAGGAGCACAAGGAGUACAAGGAUCACCACGUCCUACCCCAGUGCCAUCACACCCUGAUAAAGUAUCACCACAGUUUGGCCAAGGAACACCACUGUUUGGGCAAGGUGCACACUUCGAUUUCGGCCAAAACGUGUCACCAUUUGGCCAGGAGGCGCCACACUUUGGCCAGGGCGCAUCACAGCCCGGCCAAGCUCCCACAAAAUUUGAUCCAGCCCAGCCUGAGCCACAGCCUGAAAGAGGAACAUCAAGGUUUGGUCAGAGGAGGCCAACAUCUAGUCGUGGAAGGCCGCUGGGGGGCAGAGGCACGUCACCAUUUGAUCAGGAGCCUGACAAAUCUGGCCAGGACGCCUCAAGUCCUAAUCGAAGUGGGUCACGGUUCGGCCAAAACAGCCCCAGGGGAGGUCAGAGGCAGUUUGGUCGCAGACCACAGACUUCUCAGAAAACGCCCCAGUUCGGCGAAACAGCCCCCCCGUCCACACAUAAGAAGCCCGAAUUUGACAAGAAGCCUGAAGAGGAGGAGAAACCUGUGUUUGGACAGCAGCCUGCCUUUGGACAGCAGCCUGCCUUUGGACAGCAGCCUGCCUUUGGGCAACAGCCUGCCUUUGGACAACAGCCUGCAUUCCUGGGACAGCCACAGUUCCCAACACAACCUUUAGCUGGUCAGGGCUUUGGUCUCAUCAGUCCUCAGCAGCUGACUCCAGAGCAGCUCAAACAGAUUCAGCAACAGGGGGGACGCUUCAGGCCUCAACUAGUGGUUCCUCAGCAGGGCUUCCCAGCACAGGGAUUCCAAGGGUUCCCAGUGCACCCACAACAGAGAUUUGGCGUUCCCCUGACAGCAGGGCAGCCCUUCCUUGGAACUCAGCCUUCGUUCAACCCAGCCCAGCACCCUAGCUUCGCCGACGACGCCAAGGAGAGUGAUGACACGCACGAUAAGCAAUCCUAAGAGGCGUUCCGAGCACGCAUCGUCGCUCACCCAUCAGUAAAUGAACCAUGAUUGGGUGUUGUGAUUGAGACGUGAGACAUUUAAGCUGGUGAGGGUGCGGAAAGUGCCGGGGACGUGAACACUCUGAUGGGGCAGUGGAACGGAAAGUGUUAGUGUGACGGUUCCCCCGUGCAUGGGUGCUGGUGUGUGAAACGCUACUUCAGCGAUGAUUUGAAUGGGAAAAAAAAGGAUAGAAACAUAAUUAUGGAAAUCUGCAAAAAAGAAGCCACUACCUAGGUCUACACGUGGUAGUCCGUUUCAAACAUACACAGCUAUCAUCCCUACCCAUAAAUGCAUCUAAUCUUAUAACCACACAAAAUAGAGACUGAUAAUAGGCGUCAUAUAACCCUCUCAUUAUGAUGCAUCAAUCAACCAACCAAUCAAUCAAUCUAAAAGUCUGAUAGAAAAAGAUAAGGUGGGAUCAAGGAAACAAGAGGGAUAUUACAUUAUUUAAAAGCACAUUUCGCCCCUUAAAAACUUGUAUGAAGUUAAUCCUCCUUCUCAUAAACAAAAACCCUUACCACACCUUUAGCAGGAAACACUCCCACACUCUGUCCUAAUUCACUCCCUCUCCCAUGCAAACAUUCCACACCUCCAUGCCUUCAAUCCCCAAAGACGCGAGCCAACCCUGAGCACCGCACUAUAAAUCACCAAAACCUAUUUAUCUUAAGCAAACCAGGAGGGAAAUAAACAAGAGACUAUUGGGUGUGAGGAGGUACUAGGCCAAACCUUCCCUCUCCUCUUCUGGGUCACUAGACUCACUACGAAUUCCUGUCCCAGCACAACACUGAAUAAAAAGGGAGGGCGACACAUAAACUUGGGGUCCCGCCGCCACAGUCAAGAUGUCCUGCCAACGAGGAAGCAAACCACUUGUGGCGAAAUACAAGUUAACGUUUAAUAUGUAAGUCAGGAUAGCAAGACAAGAGGUUAUGUAAAAAAUGAACUAAAUUUCGCUCCCAGUACUGAAAUUAGAAAAAAAAAAACCAUUACAAUUGAAAAAAAUUAAUGUAGAAAAAUCACAAAAUUUCAUUCUCAAUAUGAAAUUAAAACUGACUAAUAAAAAAAAAAGUUAGAAGAAAAGAUAACAUGACAAAGAAAACACAAAAAAAUGAACUUAACAUGAAAGUAAAAUCAAGAAAGAUGACAAUACAAAGAAAAAGACAUUACCACUCUCAACAUGAAGGUCACAAUAAGCAAACCUAGAAAAGACAACAAUGCAAAAGUGCUAAAGCUUAACUCAAAACACGCAAGCAAAAUUACGAACACAAAAAAAAAAAAUAGAAGCACGAAAGGUUAAUACAAGAAACAACAGUAAUCCCACAAACACAAAACAAAGAAAACGAAGACAUGAGACAGAAAAUCAACCGAAGUCUGAAUUCCUCUAAUUUAUUAAAACCGUCAUUGUUGUCUUUGGGAAACGAUCAUUGACUGUAUUCUUCAUUGCUUCUUCUUAUCGAUCUUUUUUUAUCCCUCAUUGUUUCGUCCCUUUUCAUCUGCUGGUGCCGAGUGAGUGAUUCCUCGUAUUGAAUGGCGAGACAGUCCUUGUAAUAAAGAAUCUAAUCCCAAA